AUGGCGGGCGGCGAUUUUCCUCCCGUGGCGGUUGCCACGGGAAGGGAUCGGGAGGCGGAUGAGCAGCUGUUGAAGAAGCAGAAGCCGGAGCCGGAGCAGCCGCAGCCGCAGCCGGCGGCGGAGGAGGCGGUGGGCGUCAAUCCUCUCAGCCCGAGGUACAGCGAGUACGACCCCAAGCAGAGGGAGCACGUGUACACCCGCUUCUGCUUCGAUCCCAGACUCGAUCUCAACAAGGAGUCCCCUUAUGGCCCAAUGCGCCAUACUCACAAAACCUUCGGAGAGGGAUUCCCAUUGUCUCACUCAGCAAAUAUUCUCUCAGUCAAGAUUGUUUCCUCUGACUAUGGCUACCCACUUAAUGUCUAUGGUACGGUCAUAGCCAGGGAUGAUUUGGAUCGCAAAUGUGUCUAUCUAUUCCGGCGCGACAAGAAAAAUCGCCAGUCCAUCACCUCAGAGGACAAUUCUUUGAUUUUGACUGGUCCAAAGAGAGGACUUGCGCUCUGCGGUUCGCUGUUCUUUGAAAUCAAUCUGAAGGUUAAGGAUGUGCAUGGGAGGGAGGUCAAGGAUGAAAGACUCAGCAAAGGAAUGCUGCAGAUUAAUGGCAUUAUAAGACAGACAUCAAACUUCGAAUAUGGAGUCGAAACAGACAUGCUUGUCAGCAUGCACAGCACACUGGAGAUGAACUUUGCAUUUGUUAGGGACGCGGUGGAGGGCACUGUCGGGAUCAGGAUCCUUGAGGGGCCUGUUGAUUUCCAUGGUAAGAUCAUUGCUACCACCACUAGAGUUCUAUGUGAAACUGUGUUACAUGAUAGCAGAGCGAAUGGCUUGCUUACUGCCGGCAACAAUCAAGUCAUGCAAACAGCGUGCCGCGUGGUAUGUGUAUCUGUAGGUGAGAUGCUCCUGGUGACUGUUGCUCCUGAAGGUGGCGAUGAGCUCUCUCACCACACUGUUAGGUUUGCUUCAAAGCUCAACCUGUUAUGCCAGCGAGAACAUGGUGUGUGGUAA